UCACGGCCCGCCCGAGCAGCUCCGGGACGGUGCUGGAUUUACAGUCUGGGACAAGCGUUCCCUGCCGGCGCUUUGUGUUCCCGGCGCGGUUCGCAGGCACAAACACGCCCUCGCUCCCGGCACGGCACGCUGCCCGUGAGCCCCUGAGCUCAGCCCGCUCCGCCGCCCGCGGCCCCGCCUUCCCCGGGUGCGGCGCCGGGCUGCGGGCCCGCCCCGCCGUGCGACACGUGGAGCGGAGCGGGCCGGCAUGGGCAAGCGGCGAGGCGGGCGGGAGCUGCUGCGCAGCCUGAGCAAGAAGCAGAAGAAGCACCUGCGGGAGUUCGGCGAGGAGCAUCCAUUCUAUGACAAGGUUUCUGGAAGACCAGAAGCAACUCAAAUAUGUGAACUGUCUGAGGAUUCUGAUAAAUCGAGUGCAGAAAGCGAUUCAGAGACUGAAGUGGAGCAGGUCUCUGGAUAUCAUAAGCUCCUGGCUACCCUGAAGACCUCCCCUGAGUCUGAGAGUGAGGAGGAUGAAAGUGAAUCAGAAGAAGCUGAGGAAAGUGAGGCAGAAAUGGACAGUGAAGGGUCCCAGGAGAUUGGAGAAGCAGAGGGAGGUGAAGAAGAUAAGAAGGAUGUUGCAGAGGAGGAAGAAGCCACAGACAAAGCAGAGCAGAUGCUCAGCCAGGAGCAGGCUGAUGGCACAGAUACCUCUUGUGACCCACGUCAUGGAGUAAUUGAAGAGUUUACUGAUGUGAAACACGAAUCUGAAUUUAGCCUGGAAACCAAUUUCAUGGAAGAGGAGAGUGGAGAUUGCAAUGCAGAUAGGAAAGACAGCAGUUCUUCACAAGCUCUUCCAGAAGAUCCAUUUAAACAGCACAUGGACAAAGAACUUGAAGAAAAGGAAAUAGAGAAAAUGUCGACGCUUCCAAAAACUUCAAGUCAAAGCCAGUGGCCAGGGCUGGGUCAAGUAAUUUUCUCUUCCACUUUGGAGAAACAAAAAUCUUUGAAAGCAGACAAAGAGGUUGAUGUGAAACAGCUUCAUCUCCACAAGCCUUUGGAAUCCACUUGGCCAAAAGUGAAUAAACAAUUUCUGUCUGCCGUGGACAAAGCGAUCGAUUCCUUUUUUACCCCGUUACAAAGAGAGCUCUUCUGUGUCAUGAAUUCAUACCGGGACCUGUUCUACCCAGAAAGAACUGCUCUGACCAACGGGGAGGAGGUCCGGCACGCUUACUGCCUGCACGCCUUGAACCAUGUCCUCAAGGCCAAUGGCCAGGUGCUCAGCAACAAUGCCAGGCGGAGGGAUCGGCAGCCAGGGACCGACCCUGAUGACCACAGGGAUCAGGGGCUCACCAGGCCUAAGGUACUGAUGAUAGUGCCCUUCAGGGAAUGUGCUCUGAGGAUUGUGCAUAUUCUCAUCAGUCUCCUCGAAGUGAAUGACAAGAAAAAAAUAGAUGUGAGUAAUAAAAAGCGCUUCAAAGGAGAGUUUGGCUCUGACCCAGAAGAGAAGCCCCCCAACCUGAAAAGGCCUGAAGAUUAUGAAGCUGUCUUUGCUGGCAACAUUGAUGACCACUUCAGAAUUGGAGUUGCGAUCCUGCAGAAGAGCAUGAGACUCUAUGCACCCUUCUACUCCUCAGACAUCAUCAUUGCCUCUCCCCUGGGCAUCAGGACUGUCAUUGGUGCAGAGGGGGAGAAGAAGAGAGACUUCGAUUUUCUGUCAUCAAUAGAAAUCCUCAUAAUUGAUCAAGCAGACAUUUACCUGAUGCAGAACUGGGAACAUGUUCUGCACCUGAUGAAGCACAUUAACCUGCUGCCUCUGGAUUCCCACGGGGUGGACUUCUCCCGGGUGCGGAUGCUGAAUCUCAACAACUGGUCCAAGUACUACCGGCAGACACUGCUGUUCAGUGCCCUGCAGGACCCCCAGAUUAACUCUGUCUUCAACAAGCACUGCUUCAAUUACACUGGGCAGGUGGCCGUCCGCAACAUGCCACUCACCGGCUCCAUCAGCCACGUUGUGGUCCAGCUUCCUCAUGUUUUUCGGAGAUUGGAAGCUGACAGUGUAACCUCUGUGAUAGAUGCCAGGUUUCAGUUUUUCAUUGACAAAGUUCUGCCCGAGUACCGCGAUGCCAUCAUGUCCCACACGCUCGUUUUCGUCCCGUCCUACUUCGACUACGUGCGCCUUCGAAACUACUUCAAGAAGGAGGACCUGAAUUUCACUCACAUCUGUGAAUACUCCAAAAAGGCUGCUGUCUGCAGGGCAAGGCGCUUCUUCCUCAAGGGAGAGAAGCAGUUCUUAUUGUUCACUGAGCGCUUCCACUUCUACAAAAGGUAUACAAUAAAAGGCAUUAGGAACCUCAUUUUCUAUGAGUUACCAACAUACUCCCACUUCUACAGUGAGAUUUGUAACAUGCUGAAGGCCACAGACAAUGGGGUGGAUGCUACUUGGACUUGUACUGUGCUCUACUCCAAGUAUGAUGCUCAGAAAUUGGCUGCAGUGGUUGGCAUAGACCGCACAGCUCAAAUGCUACAGUCCAAGAAAAAUGUGCACCUCUUUGUUACAGGAGAAAAUGAUUAAGUGAUUCUACAGACUGGAUGGUUGGAUGGACCUGCAUUUUACUCCUAAUGCAGAUUUUUAUAUUGCUUUUUAAAAAAGUGUUAAACUUUUUAUCAUUAAAUAUUACAUUGAAAUUGUUUGUAUAGUCCUAAAUUUUGUAUUUCAGUACUCUGCCCAACAAGAAACAGAGGAUGUCAUUCAAAAAAGCUGGGCUUAGGAGGUGUCUUCUGUGGAACAAAAUCAAUCCAGAACUGUUUUUCUUGUAUAUUAAAAAACUCAUGGGUCAGUAAAGAUUCAUGCAGUGAUAAAUAGCUUUUGAUUGGACUGUUUCAUUUCAUUUUCAGGUGUACAAACUCACCUUUUCUCAAAGGGAAGUUUUUCUUCUUGUCAAGGAUAAGAAAAAUGCCCAAGUAUUUAAUGAGUCACUGUUGUGUAAGCCUACACAAGGGAGGUGCAGGCAAGGCCUCUGUAGCACAAGUGUGGUGGUGAAUGAGAGUUGGACUUGCUUCAAGUUGACAUUUGUGAGAAUCAUUAAAUAUGCUUGAGUAGGA